CAUACUGCUAACCUGUGCGCCAAAACGCAAAUACUGCCUCACUUUGAUCGUCAGCGAUGGAGAUUAUCAGAUGAAAUAUGAUGAGGAUAUUAUUCUGUGCACGUUUGUCGACGACGGGAAGAACAAGCAGCGCUGAGACACCGAGGUGCAUUUAUUCAUAACAGAGAAUAACUCCAGCAGCUCCAACACUAACAGGUCUUUGACACCGCCAUCCCAACAUGUGCUAAUCUUCUAAGCAUUACCCAAAAGAUAGUGAACAAGAUUUUGAGCUGCCAACAUCAUCAACAGUGUACCACCUUGCCCAGCUUCUCCCAUGGCCCACCCUUACGAGCCUUGGUUGCGGACAGCACCACCAAGUGGCAACUCAGAAGACAUGAACAUCCCCUCCUGGUGGGACCUCCACAGGGAUGUCCAAACAGGGAGCUGGAUUGACCUGCAGACUGGGCAGGGUGUAGGCUUGCCUUCAGUCAAUCCUGGGAGUUCCAUGGGGUUGCAACACUCUUUAGGGCCCUACGGAUCCGACCCGCAGCUGUGCACCCUGCCUCCAUCUCAGCUCGCUCCAGCCUCGCACUCAUCUCACCUCUUCUCUCAGGAUGGCUUCAAGAUGGAGCCAAUGGCCCCUGAAAUGCUGCAACAAGAAGCGUACUCCCUGGAGGAACCGCAAGAGAACGCUGUCUCUGCCCGGCCCAAGCCUCAGCGCCGCUCCUCUUCCAGAGGCGGAGGCCAGGCUGCGUGUCGAUGCCCUAACUGCGUGCAUGCUGAACAGCUGGGCCAGAGCACGGAUGACAGCAGGAGGAAGCACAUGCACAACUGCCACAUCCCAGGCUGCGGCAAAGCAUACGCCAAGACCUCGCAUCUGAAGGCUCACCUGCGAUGGCACAGCGGGGACCGGCCCUUCGUCUGCAACUGGCUCUUCUGCGGCAAGAGAUUCACACGCUCAGAUGAACUGCAGCGCCACCUUCAGACGCACACCGGUGCUAAGAAGUUCAGCUGCGCGUUAUGCCCCAGAGUGUUCAUGCGCAAUGACCACCUGGCCAAGCACAUGCGCACACACGAGUCCCCGCCAGGACACGGGGAAGAGAGGGUGAAUGGAGACGGGAGGAUGGAUAAAGGCUUCGAUACACCCACAGCUCCUCAGUCUUCCUCAAACGUGUCCGACAACACAGAGCCUACGCUGAAGCUGAAAUGUGAGACGGACCCCUCAGUCUCCAGCGUGACAGGGCAGUCUGGGUAAUUUCAUCACUUUCUGAAGCAUUUUUUGCAGUUACGGGUUAACAUUUUGAUCCUCUUUAACAUAGAGUUGUCUUGGUUUUACAAUAGAAUAGAGAGUAGAGAAAAGGUUGGGACAAACUUUCACUGAUGAAAGUCGGAUGGGACAGGAAAUAUUUCGUGUGAAUCCAUCAACUAGGCAAACUCUGAACAUAUAAAUGUUUUAGCACACAGAAAAAUCUGUAAUUUAUUCAUAUUAUUUACUGAUUCUGUGGAUUCAAGUGAAAGGUUGCUAAGGAGGCGAUAAAGCUGAAGCUGCAGCUUGUUGCUGGACUUCUGUUGCUGCUAGAGCUUCUGCUACCAGUAGACCAAAGAUUAACUGAAGGUAGCAACUUGUUUACAGUGAAAUGAUUCAAAUGUGUUAUUGGAAGUGUUGGAGGUAUGUUUGUUUCCAAUACAGUUUAAUACACUAAGGUCAAAGUCAGCAUGCUUUUGAAUUGAGAAAAGAGGCUUUGUGUUUGUCUCAGAUGGGGUAUCCUACUGUGCAAGUUGUGAUAAGACACUGGAACAUAAUACAGCAUGUUGUCGUUUUUAAACGGUCAGUUGCCAAUUGGAUGGAUAAAAGUUCAUGCGACAAAACUGUCUUUGUGCAUGUUGGUAUGUAAGUGAUUAAACGGUACUUAUAGUACAACAGACAAUAAUGCUGUACUAUGGCAGCAUGCUAUAAUGUUGGUGAAUAUAUAAUAUAAUAUAAAAAUGGGAAUUGAAUGCACUACAAAGGCGUAUUUACCAAAGAAAUUGUGUUUCUGUUGCCACUUUUGGCAUAAGACUUAAUGAUGAGAAUGUGAACACCAGAUGAGCACAACAAGAUGUGACAAUGAUGUAAAAAUGAAAAAAAUGAAAGGGGUCAGAGCCACUGAAAGAGCUGAGCAUCAUGAUCACUAAAAAUGGACGUGGAGAGAAAAUGUUGUCUGAUUAGAGGAAUCUUUUGGUAUGCCGAUGCCAGCGGUCAUAUCUGCCAUAAACUGGACUCUACAGGGCAGCAUGUCAACAGUGCUUUUGCUGAAUUACACUAAGCAGGGUAGUUUACUACAGUGCCAUCUGCAGGCACAAGAUUUAAAUCUGCAUCGAUCAAUGUUUUUAUAUUACCAAUAGAUCCCAUAACUUGCCCAUAGCAAUGAACUCACAGAGAAGUAUCAGCCCACUCUGAAGCUCUGUAAGAACUUUAUGUUUGAGCCAGCAUGGUCUCCACAACAAAUGUUUUUCCCAUGCAACUAAAUCACAUCGUCAUUUUUCUUUUGUAUUUCUACUAUUAUAUCCCUGAUCACAUUUGUUUUAAACGUAUGACAGAAACCUUUGUAUUCAGUCCCCAUCAGCAUACAGAAGGUUAAGGUAAACGGGCCGAUCAAAGAAACACAGGACUUUCAAGGAGGUGACCGAUCUUUGAGUCCCAUGUGAGAUCAACUUGUUCAAAACUGAAACUGUAACUUGGGAGAAAAUGUGUUUACCUCAAAUGCAUGUUUAUACUAGGGAACAUAACUCUGUAGGAGACAUAAUGGUUUUGAUGGAUUUUAACUUAUUGUUUGGUUUUCUAUCUCAAAACUGUUUUACUUCAUUUUCACAGCUCUCAUCCACAUCAACGUUAAACGUAAAAAUAUGUCAAUGUUGCAUCUACAGUUAGUUCCGCUGCCCCCGAGUGGCCAAGAAAGAUACUGCUUCACAGGUCACAAAAGGUGCAACAGAAAACCUAAAAUAAUUUACCGUGAAUUCAUGCCUCAAGAGGUUCAGACGUCGUAGAAGGUGGCAGAAGGAUUUCCUACCGAUCCAGGUGUACCUCAUUAUGUGGGUUUACAUGUCUUCCAAAUACCAUCAGCUCAAUACCAAUUUGCAUGUUUGAUCAAGUUAUAGUUGCAAUUAUCAACAAACAGUCUGUAAAGGGCUUAUCUCUCAACACAUUAGAUAUGUUCAUGGGUCUGCAGUUUUAAUUAAAAAAAGAAUUAAAGUAAUAAACAGGCAGAAUACUUUGUUCCAUGUUCUUCAACAACUCAUAUACAAAACAUUUUUCGAACAUGACACCUAUUGGAUUCUGGAUAAGCAUGCAGAAAAAGGUUGUUAGCAAUCUAGCUAAUGUAAAACAAUUAAAGUAAUAAACAGGCAGAAUAAUUAGUAUAGGUUACUUGUUUGGAAUAGUUAACUUUCAUAAUCAAUAUUAAUUUAUCACUAGUUCUGUAGCGGGCAGUGUGAGCAGCACUAUUAGGAUGUAUGUAACCCAUCACAGACAUUAGGCUGAGAUUUCUUUAUAUUAGGGGCUUGCAUUAUUGGAGGCUCAAGAUUGCUGUAUUUAUGUAUAGGAUAUAAGAAAUGGAAGACCAUGUCUAAACAUUAGUCAGUUGCUGUGUAUUGACUAUUAAUAAUAUUAUUUUUCGUUGAUGUUAUUGAUAGUCUUUUCUAUGUUGGUCAGUAGAGCAAGAUGGACAAACGUUUUUAAUUGGUUGCUAUAGUAAAUGUUUUAGUUGACUGUAAUAAAAUAGAUUUGAAAACUUUUAAUAAGUAUCAUGGUGUAAUAACUUGUAUUUAACCUAUUGUUGUCCUUUAAAUAAAAAAAAAUAUAUA